AUGUCUAAAGCUUCUUCAUUAAUUCAAAAUACAAUUCUACUUCUCUGCAUAGCAGAAGCGUUGGCGAUCAAAUGUCAUCAAUGUAAUGGAUGGCAUGGUUCAUAUUCUGUUAGAUAUUCUCAAGUAAGUACUUGUGACAAUAGAAAUAACCAAUGUGAAACGCCUCAAUAUUGCGUUAAAAUAAUAGAUUCAAUGACACCAGGAACAGAAUAUGUUACAUAUAAGAGUGAUUGCUUCUAUCAAACACAAUUACAAGUUAAUCCAUCUAAUCUAUCAUUUGUACAAGGAAAAGCAUGUUAUCCAUUUCAAGAUGGAUCAGCACCAGUUAAAAGAUGGUCAUAUUGCUUUUGCAAUGACAGAGAUUACUGUAAUACAUCAGGAUAUUCAUUCCUUGUCCUUCCAAUCAUCUUCAGCAUCUUCAUAAGUACAAGUCAUCUUCUCAUAUGA